GAAGUCGUCAAGAGUGCAAAUCUAGAGCUCGUCGGAUAAUUCUCCAAGUGAACGCGCCAGAACAGCACGCCAGGGACGGGCGAGAAGGUAGGGCACAGCUAUGGAGGAUGCAAGACGAGGCAGCGAGGACACGGUGACGGAGAGAAAGCCGAAGAAGAUACAGACGCGACGACAGAAGAACGCACAGGGAGAUCAAGGAUUAGAGCGACCUUCAUCGGGACAAAAGGACAACCUCAGUGAAGGUCCUCCACCGCGCGUGCCAGCUGCGACUUCAAUACACACCGCAAAGAAGCAGUCCAAGGUGAACGAGGAGAUUGCAAAGACUACAAUGGCCAUUGCCACAAGCAGCCCUCCUACCGACUCGUUGGCGUCGACAGACCGUUCAAACGGCAACGGAAUGGAGAUCAAGCUACGAAACAUACCCGCGCGCGCGAACGGCACAACACGGCAGCGAGACCAAAUCCGGGCCCACCACAACGAGGUGCCUACUGCAGAUUUCACCACUUCCGUGACGAUCACAAAAGCCAUCAAGCAUGCCAGUGCUGUUGUACCUCCGGCGCCAAGUCCAGGAAAGAUUUCAAGAGCGAAUCAUCCAAAACAGAAGAAACAAGACCAGAUUGCGUCGUCUUCGCCGUCUUCAACGGACUCCGCGGGUACAACAUCAGACUCAACGGUCCGUCAGGCUUCAACCCCGCCCACCAUGUCCAAACCCAACAGACGAAAGGAAUCGACGAGCCCAUCGCCACCUGCGGUAGCGUCUUACGCACGACAAGGCAGGAGCACGGCUGAUCCUUUGAGCGCGACGUCCUUGCGAAUAAUUCCCGGCAACGGCCAAGUGGUGACGAAGAACAAUGCCCACUACGAACCCCAUUUAUUCUAUGACGACGCGAUGGCUGGUCUUCAAGACUGCUCCCUGCUCGCGGGCACACUCCGCGUGAACAAGCUAAACAAGCACGAAGCGUACGUGACGAUUCCCGGUCUCGACCGCGAUCUCUUCAUCGAUGGAGCCUCCCAUCAGAACCGCGCCGUUGAUGGAGACACGGUCGUGUUGCAGGUGCUUCCUCAAGCGAAAUGGCGAAUCAACAAGAUGAGUCGAGUGACCGCUUCUUCCGGGCGUUCCUGCUCGUCGAAUCCAGACCAAUUCGUCGACGCCUUGGAAGCGCUGUGGAACCCAAAAGUUCGAGCGUCACCAGCUGCGAGCCAUGAAGUCGAUGUGGCCGCGUCGUCCGAGGGCGGUGUCAAGUUGCUGCAACACCAUAUCGAUGCCGUGCAAGCACGCCUCGUUGGCUCGAAAGUCCAGCCCACCGCCAAAGUGGUCCACAUCUUGGAACGCGUCGACGAAGCGUACGUCGGUGUAGUCCGUGUCGCCAAGGAGGCCGCAUUGUUUGACGCGUUUGACGACCGGCUUCCUCGAGGGAUUCGCAUCCGAGCGUCUGAAAUGCCAAAGGAAUACCGUCGAAACCCGGAAACGUUUGCGGCGUCCAUGCUGUGCUUGGUCAAGUUGCGCGACUGGGCAGUGGGGUACAAGUCUCCCACGGGGCAAUUCGUCGAAGUGUUGGGCCAAGGCGCAAGCGUCGACUCGGACAUUCUCUCGUUGCUCAAGACCAACUCGUUGUUACGCCACAUGGAGCCCUUUUCGUCCGAAAUUGUCGAUUCCCUGCCGAGUGCCACGGACUGGCAUAUUCCUGACGAAGAACUCGCUCGACGACGAGACCUCCGCGACUGGACGAUCUUUUCCAUCGACCCGUCGACCGCCCGCGAUCUCGACGACGCUAUGUCGAUCCGCGCUCUCGACAACGACACGUUUGAAAUUGGCGUACACAUUGCUGACGUGUCCCAUUUCAUUCAGCCAGGCAGUCCUUUGGACGUGGAAGCGCAGGCACGUUGUACGAGCGUGUACUUAGUCAACCAGGUCCUGCCGAUGCUGCCUCGGGUGCUGUGCGAACACUUGUGCUCGCUGAACGCAUCUGUCGAUCGGCUCGCGUUCACCGUGUUGUGGCACAUGCACAAGGAUGGAUCGUUGGUGCGGGACGCGCCGAUUUGGUUUGGGAAAACCAUCAUUCGGUCUUGCUGCCAACUGGAUUAUGGCACUGCCCAAACCAUUUUGGACGAACGUAUCGACGAGGCUGCGUGGCGGCGUGAGCCGACGGGUGGCCAUUCCAAAACCACGAUCGCCACAUGUAUCCGGCAACUUGGCGAGAUUGCCCGUGCUCGUCGACGCCAGCGGUUUGCGACCGGCACGGUGCAACUGCAUCAACCCAAGUUGAGUUUUGAGUUGGACGAUAACGGGAACCCCGUCGCGAUGACCGAGUACCCCAUCCGCGAAAGCAACCAUCUCGUGGAAGAGUACAUGCUCCUGGCCAACUACUUGGUCGCGCAGCACUUGCUGCAGCAUGGCCCGCCCGUCCUACUUCGAAAUCACGCGGCCCCCGACCGUGAAAAAUGGAGCAACGCCUUGGCCACACUCGAAAAGCUAAACGUGCAUGUUGACCUCAGCACGCAACUCUUGACGCCGUUCCUGGAGCAGCUCGAACUGGAACGUGGGUCGAUCGUGCUGCAGACUGUACGCCACAUGUUGAUCAAACCGAUGGCGACGGCAGAGUAUGUCGUCGUGGAUGACGCCUUGGCCGAGCACCAUCGGCAUUUCGCGCUGAAUGUGCCGUACUACACGCACUUCACAUCCCCCAUUCGACGGUAUGCGGACGUCCUCGUCCAUCGGUUGCUCGAAGCGUCGCUUACGACAGGAUCGACGGCCGCCGUGUGUGUUGCCCGAUCUGUCGUGACCCAAUGCAAUGUGCAAAAGGCGCGGUCGAAGAAAGCGCAGAAGCUCUGCGACCUCGUGUUCCUGACCAGAUACGUCCAACACAAGGGCGAACUGGACACGACGGGCGUUGUCGUGGGGAUCGGAUCGAGGAGCUUUACCCUCGUGCUCAUCGAGUUUGGCUUUGAACAGCGCUUGAACGCGCUAGACGUUGCAACCCGGUACCGUUUCAACGACGUCGAGCCAAGCCUCAAGUUGACAUUGAAAUCGGGGACAACAGUCACGCUCGAGAUGUUCCAGCCCGUACAAGCCAGACUCACAACGACCAAGGCACUGCCUCUGAAGCUUGUCUACACCCUCGUUGCUCCAUCGUCAUCGUAGAUCGAGCUGUAAACGCCGUUUUUGCGUCUCGUCGGCCUGGUUGAUGACUGCGAGAGGUCUCUGUCUGCCCAACGUGUUCAAGGUUUCGCACCUCGGACACGUCGCCGUUCGCAGAGUAACGUUAUGGCAAUGUCGUGGCAUUAGUACUCGAA